CGAGGCCUGGCUGCCUCAGUCUCCACCUGUGGACGCCAGGUGUCGCUACGCUGCUGCGGGUUUACACAACGUUUACAUAACAGUCUGGCUAUUACAACGUGUGGACGCCAGCGCUGCAUGGUGUGAUCGACACCGUUGUGAGAGGCGACAAUCAUGGGACGGAGCCGCAAACUGUCCAGAAAGCUCCUCAAACGGACAGCUGAGAACCGACAAUCGGCUGAUGAGAAACAGUGUAACGAGGAUGAGAAACACACUGAGAAACUCCAGGAGAAUGGAGACCUGCAACAGACCGGCGAGCACCAACAGCCUGGUGCUCUGACCAAAACAAUAAUCCAUCGCUGUAACAUCUGCCAGUUGACGUUCACUACAACAUUGAGCUUUGAAAGACACAUGAAGAGACAUGAAGCAGACAAACCACAUGAGUGCCAAGACUGUGACAAGAAAUUUGUAACCAAAUCUGGCCUCGAUAUCCACAGAAGAAAACACACAGGUGAGAGACCAUACAAGUGUGACAAUUGCUCAAAGGCCUUCACAACACGAUCAGUACUCAUAAUGCACAUGAGAGGGCACACAGGUGAGAAACCCUAUGAGUGCAAUAUUUGUGGUGCAAGAUUCACUCAGAGUGCAACUCAAGCUGACCACAUGCGGCGUCAUACAGGAGAAGAACAAUACCAAUGUACCACUUGCCAAAAAAAAUUUGUUACGAGAAUAAAUUAUCGUGGACACAUAUUGGUGUGUCAAAGAAAAAGUAAGAUUGAGUGUAAAAUAUGUAAAAAACUAUUUAUCAACAAGUUUACACUUAAAAGCCAUAUGGUUAAGCAUUCAAAUGAAAGACCAUUUGAAUGCGGAGAAUGUGGAAACAAAUUUAAAAGCAAAACUUCGUUGGCAAGUCAUCUAAAAUCCGUACAUUCAAAUAAAGAACCUUACAAGUGUGACAUAUGUAUGAAAAGUUAUACAGCAAGAAGGUCUCUCAUCAUGCAUACGAAAACUCAUACUAAUAUUGGCAGAUUUCAGUGUGAACAAUGUGGAAGGAUGUUAAACUCUAAGAGACAUGUUCUCCGUCACCAAACUUCACAAAAUGGAUGCAAGAGAAAGUAUGUUUUUAAACCAUUCUUUUGUAAGCUAUGCGGAGCCCAGUUUACCAGUGACAGAGCCGUUCGCGAUCAUAAGCACCGGACCUCGGAUUGCACAAAAACACUUGUACGUUUCUUAUGUGACUUCUGUCGUGAGGAUUGUAAAACAUACGAAGGACUUGUAGCGCAUCUGCUUGAUCAUGCUGAACCUGGAAGGAAAGGUUAUGACAACUUACUCAAUAGAAUGACUCAUGGCAAAAAACGUGUCAACCCAGCCUGGAUAGUGAAGGUUUACAACUCGGGUACAGUUAGUACGCCGAGAGACAACAGAGCUCAGUGUGAACAAUGUGGAAGGAUGUUCAUCUCUAAGAGUCAUCUUCUCCGUCACCAAACUUCACAAAAUGGAUGCAAGAGAAAGUAUGUUUUUCAACCAUUCUUUUGUAAGAAAUGCGGAGCCCAGUUUAAUAGUAACAGUACCGCUAGCCAACAUAAGUACCGGACCCCGGAUUGCACAAAAACACAUGUACGUUUCUUAUGUGACUUCUGUCGUGAGGACUGUAAAACAUACGAAGGUCUUGUAACGCAUCUGCUUGAUCAUGCUGAACCUGGAAGGAAAGGUUAUGACAACUUACUAGACAGAAUGACUCAUAACAAAGAACGUAUCAACCCAGCCUGGAUAGUGAAGGUUUACAACUCUGGUUCAGUUAGUACGUCGAGAGACAACAAUGGUGCUCACAUUAAUAUCGAUCAACGGCAAGCCACAAGCGUCCCUACUGACCAUACACCAGCUGUUCACAAGAACACAGCUGUGGACCAUCAACGAGGCAAUGUAGACGAACACAAAACAGCUGUAGAUCAUCACGAAACAGCUGAAGAUCAUCAGAAAACAGCUGUAGAUCAUCACAAAACAGCUGUAGGCCAUCACGAAACAGCUGUAGACCUUCGCAAAACAGUUGUAGAGCAUCACGAAACAGAUGUAGAUCAUCACAAAACAGCUGUAAAUCAUCACAAAACAGCUAUAGACCUUCGCAAAACAGCUGUAGACCAUAACGAAACAGCUGUAGAUCAUCACAAAACAGCUGUAGACCUUCGCAAAUCAGCUGUAGGCCACCACGAAACAACUGUAGAUCAUCACAAAACAGCUGUAGACCAUCACGACACAGCUGUAGACCAUCACGACACAGCUGUAGAUCACCACAAAACAGCUGUAGACCAUCACGACAGAGCUGUAGAUCAUCACAAAACAACUGUAGACCAUCACGACAGAGCUGUAGAUCAUCACAAAACAGCUGUAGACCAUCACGACAGAGCUGUAGAUCACCACAAAACAGCUGUAGAUCAUCACAAAACAGCUGUAGACCAUCACAAAACAGCUGUAGAUCACCACAAAACAGCUGUAGAUCAACACAAAACAGCUGUAGAUCACCACAAAACAGCUGUAGACCACAAAACAGCUGUAGAUCACCACAAAACAGCUGUAGAUCACCACAAAACAGCUGUAGAUCAUCACAAAACAGCUGUAAACGUCUUCUCUCAGGAUACGUGUUUAACUAGUGAAACUAAUUUUGAAAGCAUAAACACGAAUGAUAAGCUAAAUAAGGAUGAGGGAAGAAAAUAUCUCGGAAAUAAUGAAGCAUAUUAUGAAAAUGCAAAUGAAAAACCUCACAAGUGUGACAUAUGCAUGAAAAGUUAUACAACAAGAAGGUAUCUCAUCAUGCAUACGAUGACUCAUACUAAUAUUGGCAGAUUUCAGUGUGAACAAUGUGGAAGGAUGUUUAACUCUAAGAGACAUGUUCUCCGUCACCAAACUUCUCAAAAUGGAUGCAAGAGAAAGUAUGUUUUUAAACCAUUCUUUUGUAAGCAAUGCGGAGCCCAGUUUAACAGUGACGCAGCCGUUCGCAAACAUAAGAGGAGGACCCCGGAUUGCACAAAAACACAUGUACGUUUCUUAUGUGACUUCUGUCGUGAGGAUUGUAAAACAUACGAAGGACUUGUAACGCAUCUGCUUGAUCAUGCUGAACCUGGAAGGAAAGGUUAUGACAACUUACUCAAUAGAAUGACUCAUGGCAAAAAACGUGUCAACCCAGCCUGGAUAGUGAAGGUUUACAACUCUGGUACAGUUAGUACGCCGAGAGACAACAAUGGUGCUCACAUUAAUAUCGAUCAACGGCAAGCCUCAAGCGUCCCUACUGACCAUUCACAAGUUGUGCACAACAACACAGCUGUGGACCAUCAACGAGGCAAUGCAGACUAUCACAAAACAGCUAUAGACCAUCUCGAAACUAGUGUAGAUAAUCACAAAACAGCUGUAAACGUCUUCUCUCAGGAUACGUGUUUAACUAGUAAAACUAAUUUUGAUAACAUAAACACGAAUGAUAAGCUAAAUAAGGAUGAGGGAAGAAAAUAUCUCGGAAAUACAGAUGCAUAUUGUAAUUUAGACAGUAAUCACGUGAAUGGUAUAUGGGGAACAUGUCAAGAUCUUGACAACAACUAUAUUUCAACCAGGGAACUGCAGGUGAGGGAUAAAUGUGACAUAGAAGUGGUCAAACAUGCUUGUGUGAUGCAGAGAAGUUAUCCAAUGAUUACGGAAGCAGAAGAAGUGGGUUUGAAAGAGGAGGAGGAGACAGAGGAUUAUAAUUUAGAAAGUAAACACAUUGAUGGUAUAUGGGGAACCUGUCAAAAUCUUGGCAGCGAUUAUUAUUCAACUAGGGAACUCAAGGUGAAGGAAAAAUGUGACAUAGAAGUGAUCAAAGAUGCUUGUGUGAUGCAGAGAAGUUAUCCCAUGAUUAAGGAAGCAGAAGAAGUGAGUGUGAAAGAGGAGAAUGAGACAGUGGAGAAGUGGGUAGAAGAGCCGGAGAUGCAGAAGACAUCAGAUAGACAGUUCCUAAAGAGCACCUCACUCCUCAUCGUCAACGGCAUCACCACAAUCAAGCGUGAAGCGUGUCAUCCUGCUCCUCACACUUCAGUACCUCAUUAUUGAUCAUAUGUUCGACCAUCCAACAACUGACUACGUCACAGCCUCACUCUUGGCUACCUAAGGCUUGGCUCUCUUGUACUCUAUCACCUUUAUAUUGUUUAUCAUUAGAUACAUUUCUUGUACUUUAUCACCUUUAUAUUCGUUUAUCAUUAGAAACAAAUGUGAGAACAUCUCACAUUUGUUAGUUUACGUCUCAUUUAGCUUACGUCUUAAACUAAACUCAUUUAGUUUACGUCUUAACUCCAUUUUAUGUAUAACAAAAAAUUAACUGAAUUAUUUUAAGUUUUGCCUGAAACGCUUUGCGUAUUAAUGGCUUUAUUUAUUAUCAUUAAUAUUAUUAUUACUAUUAUUAUUUACACAAGCAGAUCACACUAGCGUGAUAUAUCAAUGAGAAAAAUUGGAGCAAGAAGUACUGUGGAUUCGAUUGAAUCUCAUGUUGUAUAACUUUUACCAUGUUGUGGUCCAGAGGUAAGGUGCAUGGCUUGGGAGUACCCAGGUCGAGGGUUCAAAUUUAUUCGAAUUUCGGAUAUCUCUUUCUCCUCUCGUAGAAAGGAGUGAACCAAGUAUACUACUCUAUACUAAUAGAUAUACCAAUUAGUAUACUAAUUGGUAAAGCAGGAGAAGUAGCCUCUUUCAUUGAAACAUACUGCUGUCUGUCACUAAGGUAAGAUUGCAAGUACUGUAGGGAGUGGCCUCUGACUCCAUAGUGUUGGAGUUUGAGAGAAGGUUAAUUAAUGUGGUUAAGGGUCAAAAGCAUUACCUAGGUAAAUAAAUAGACCAAUGUGGUACACAUUUUUGUCAAGGGCUGCAUGUAUUAGGUUAAGCAUAUUUAUAAGAGCAUCAUUGGUGCUUUUAUGGGGGAAUGAAGCCAUAUUGGCUUGAACUGAGAACAGUAUAUUGUGUUUAUCGAGAAACGAAUAGAGUUGUUUGUAUAUGAGUUUCUCAAAGAUUUUGGACAAGGUGGGAAGGCCUGAUAUUGGUCUGAAAUUCUUGAUUUCGGUGAGAUCUCCACUCUCAUGGACUGGAAUGACUUUAGUCAUUUUAAGAGCAUCUGGAAAGUCUUGGAGCUCCAAUGAUUUAUUGUAGAGCAAUGCUAUUGCAGGAGCUAGAAACCUUGAGAAGUUUUUAUAGAUUAGGGUUGGUAUCUCAGAAGGGUUACAGGAUUUAGUUUUAAGUGACAGGGUAAUAUAAAUAUUAUAUGAGGAGUUAGGUGGGGACAGGUACAGAGGCUCAAAAUAGUUGCCAGAGGUAAUCGCUCACAUUACUUGGGGGAGCUGGGAGGUGCCAAUAGACGAAAAGAAACUAUUGAAUUUAGUAGUCGUGUCAGCGCAGUUGAUAAAAUUCCACUAUUUCCAGCUAGGAUUAUUGUUUUUUUUUUUAUCCAAGUUCUUCUUUGACUCUAAUAUCUGGGAAAUAGUAUUCCAUGUUUUCUUUUUGUUACCUUUUAUAAAUUUAAAAUUAUUUUCAUAGUGGGUUGUCUUGGCUUUUUUAAUAUCUUAGAAAGCAGUGAGGAGUAUUGCUUAGCCAAUUCUCUGGGAAUGAUACCAAGCCUGCAUUUCUUCUCAUAUUCAUGUUUUUUAUCAAUUGAAGUAAGUAAAACCUUAUUGAGCCAAUGGUUGAUGGCACUUUUAGUUGUGACUUGCUUACUAAGUAAAGGACAGUGAAUAUUAUAGAGGCUUAGAGUUUUGCGAAGAAAUGUCUGCACUCUUAGAUUAAUAUUUUUCAUAUUUCCAAAUUCCGUUUCCCAGUUUAUGUUACCGGCAGCAGCUGUAAAGGUACUUAUGGAAGCUUCAGUAAGCAGUCUAAAUCUUAUUUUCUUUGUUUCAAGAGGUUUAAAAAUGUUGGUUAGGAGAAAUGUUGGGUAGUGGUCUGUUGUAUCAUCAGUGAUUAUUCCAGAGCUUAGUGGAGAGGUUAAGGUAGUCCAAAUGUGGUCAAGGGUGGAGGCAGUUUCAGUAAUUCUCGUGGGUUUAGUAAUCAAAGGCAAAAACAUACAGGAGUUCAUACAGUUGAGGAAGCUGGCAACAAGUGGGUUACCUGGCUGGCAGAGGUCAGUAUUGAAAUCUCCAGUUAAUUUUAGUUGAUUUUUGUGAAGGUUGUUCAUUAUUAUUAAGUUUCUAACAUUCGAAUUUAAUUCAGCUAAUUUAAUUCAAUGUAUUAGAAAUUCUGUAUACUGCUCCCAAAGUUAAGUUAGUGUUCAGGCCCUUCAGUUUGAAGUGAUAAAAAUAUACUCUCCAUGGGUAGAUUUGAUAAGUUUUGUGCAUGAUAUAUUCUUUUGGUAAUAAAUUAAAAUGAAUGAAUUAAAUGAUUAAAUUGGUGGACCGCCACCUCUCUGGUUAGGGCUACAGUUGUGGAUAGCAGAAUAAUUGGGAAUAUUAUAUAGUUGGUUAAUGUCAUCACUUAACCAGCACUCAGUAAGAGCAACAAAGGAGAAUUGGUAGUUGAGUGUUUACAAUAAGGCACCAACAUCAUCAUGGUGUUUGCUAAAGAGACCUUACAUUGAUGUUAAUUAGACACAUUGAUGUUAAUUAAAGAUACAUUGAUGAUAAUUAGAGACACAUUGAUGUUAAUUAGAGACACAUUGAUGUUAAUUUAAGAUACAUUGAUGAUAAUUAGAGACACAUUGAUGUUAAUUAGAGACACAUUGAUGUUAAUUAAAGAUACAUUGAUGUUAAUUAGAGACACAUUGAUGUUAAUUAAAGACACAUUAUGGUUAUUUGAUAAUAAAUUGUUGGCAAGUUUUGCUGUAUAGAACUUACAGUUGUUAUCAUUAAAUUGAUGAUUGUGAUAGACAGUAGAUAAGAGAUUCAAUUGAGGGUUAUUAUAGUUGAAAGUAAUUCAGUUUCGAGCAGCCUAUAUGUCAGUGUUCUGUUUCCCGUGAGUUUGUUUAUAGGACAAUUUAUAUUUUUAUAUCUAACUUUUACGCUAUUUAUAUUACUAAAUAAAUUGUUACUAAUUU